GCCUAUUUAUUGGUAGGCCUGCCUCCGUUGAAAGGCAGACCUGUCGCUAAUGUUGGGAGAAUUCCUCUUCUGAUAAAAUGAAGUCAUAUGUCGUUGUCGACACCACGGACAUAGAUCUAGAACACAUUGAAUAGUUGAAAUGACACAAGAAGAAUACACAUCUCAUGUUGUUUGAAUGAAUAUAUAUAUAUAUAAAGACGUUAUCAACAAUCCAUGAUGGAAGCUAUCCACAAGAAAGCCCUCCAGAAGACACGAACUCGGCUUGUCCGUGACCUUGACCCCUGUUCAGAACUUCAAGACUUGUUGGUGUCCGAACAUAUAUUUACUCCCAUAAUGCUCGAGUAUAUACAGGCUGAGAAGACAAGAACAGAUAAGGCUCGAAGACUUUUGGACGACUUGGUGAGACGGGGACCAAAAGCCUAUACAACAUUCCUGAAAUGUUUACGGGAAUCCGGACAUGGAGAUUUGGCAAAUGCAGUGGAGGACAAAGAGUACGAGUUGAGAGGCCUGCCUGUCCCCUUCAGGCCAGACCAUCAGGAAGGGCAGUCAGCGGCAAUGAUGUCGGCAACCACAACUGUUUAUACACGUGAGCAUGGCCCAGUUACAAACCCGGUACACACGGAGAUUCAACCUCCACAAUCUUCAUUUAUGCAAACCCAAGAAUACUCAGCCCAACAAUGUCAACCUUCAGAGGAAAGCAAUCCAUGUGGCAGUAUGUUCACGCCAUCUGGUGCGAGUAUCACUCAACAGGUAGCCAAUCCGGUGCAUGGAAUUAGUCAUGUGAUUACAGGUCGAGAAACUGGUGGUCAGAGAACUGAGGAUGUGAUGGAAGUGACUGACGGGGAGGUAGAACAGCCUCCGCCCCAGUUACCAGCUGAUCCUGUACUGAGUGGUUAUCAGAGUGUUCCUGUAGAUAGGCGAUACAAGAUGGAAUCAAACCCCAGGGGCCUUUGUUUCAUCAUCAACAACAAGAAUUAUACACAAAUGUCGAAUCGUUCAGGGACUGAUGUGAAUCGUGAUCAACUCAUGGACCUGUUUCAACAUCUCAAUUUUGGAGUUGAUAUCCGGAAUGAUCUGUCUGGAAUGGAAAUGAAAAGACAGCUGGCAGAAUUAACUCAAUAUGAUGGUUUGACCAGAGUUGACUCCCUUGUGAUAUGUCUCCUGUGUCACGGAGAUAAUGAAAAUAUGUACGGAACAGACGGUGUGGCAGUAAAUCUCCUCACUGAUGUCUUCAAGAUAUUUGGUCCACAAACAUGUCCAGCCCUGAUAGGAAAACCAAAAUUAUUUGUAUUGAAUUCCUGUAGAGGUGAGGCCCGUGAUGUUGGCAAUCUCAAUUACACUACAAUUACCAACCCCACUGGGGACAAUCCACAAACUGAUAUUACCCAUCGCCUUCCACGCAAUGCGACAGAUGUUCGGCCUAUGACACAUUUGAGCCUACCUGAAAGAAAUCCGUCGUAUAAGGAUCUCUACAUUGCAUACUCAACUUUCCCAGGACACGUUUCCUACCGAGAUACUCAGGAUGGCAGUUGGUUUAUUCAAAAACUUGUAGAAGUGUUCAAGGAAGAAGCAGCAAUUAAUGAAAUCGACAUCAUGAUGAGAGAGGUGAACCGACGUGUUUCCAUGGAAUACGACCCCAACUCCUUAGAGGGUCAGAUGCCAGCACCUUCUAAUACUCUAACGAGACAGUGGUUCUUCAACCCCUCUACGUAACACUUAGCAGAGACUAUGAACAUUCAUCCCCAGGAAACUCAGAGCAGACGGCAGUUUCCUGACCAGUGUAACUUUGACGAUGACCAAAGAUUAUUCAUCCCUUAGAAAAUUCAGGGGAGACACAAUGAUUUUCCGACUUGUGUAGAUUUGACCAUGAAAGAUUAUUCGAAGAAGAAAGAAUUUUCCAACCAGUGUUACUUUAAACAUGACCAAAGAUUAUUGAAUCCCUGGAAAACCCAGAGCAGAUACGGUGAAUUUUUGACCAUUGUAACUUUGAACAGUUAUUAUGAAAGCAAAGAAAUCAUACAUAUUCUAAUUCAAAUCGACCAAUCAAGGUCUGUCUAGGGUGAGAAAUUGAUCAAUCAAGGUCUAUCUAGGGUGAGAAAUUGAUCAAAAAGGUCUAUCUAGGGUGACAAAUUGAUCAAAAAGGUCUAUCUAGGGUGACAAAUUGAUCAAAAAGGUCUAUCUAGGGUGACUAAUUGAUCAAACGAGGUCUAUCUAGGGUGACAAAUUGAUCAAAAAGGUCUAUCUAGGGUGAGAAAUUGAUCAAUCAAGGUCUAUCUAGGGUGAGAAAUUGAUCAAAAAGGUCUAUCUAGGGUGAGAAAUUGAUCAAAAAGGUCUAUCUAGGGUGACUUAUUGAUCAAACAAGGUCUAUCUAGGGUGACAAAUUGAUCAAAAAGGUCUAUCUAGGGUGAGAAAUUGAUCAAUCAAGGUCUAUCUAGGGUGAGAAAUUGAUCAAAAAGGUCUAUCUAGGGUGAGAAAUUGAUCAAAAAGGUCUAUCUAGGGUGAGAAAUUGAUCAAAAAGGUCUAUCUAGGGUGACAAAUUGAUCAAAAAGGUCUAUCUAGGGUGACAAAUCGACCAAUCAAGGUCUAUCUAGGGUGACAAAUUGUUCAAAAAGGUCUAUCUAGGGUGACAAAUUGAUCAAAAAGGUCUAUCUAGGGUGACAAAUUGAUCAAAAAGGUCUAUCUAGGGUGACAAAUUCAUCAAAAAGGUCUAUCUAGGGUGACAAAUUCAUCAAAAAGGUCUAUCUAGGGUGACAAAUUGAUCAAUCAAGGUCUAUCUAGGGUGACAAAUUGAUCAAAAUGGUCUAUCCAGGGUGAGAAAUUGAUCAAAAAGGUCUAUCUAGGGUGAGAAAUUGAUCAAAAAGGUCUAUCUAGGGUGAGAAAUUGAUCAAAAAGGUCUAUCUAGGGUGAGAAAUUGAUCAAAAAGGUCUAUCUAGGGUGACAAAUUGAUCAAAAAGGUCUAUCUAGGGUGACAAAUUGAUCAAAAAGGUCUAUCUAGGGUGACUAAUUGAUCAAACGAGGUCUAUCUAGGGUGACAAAUUGAUCAAAAAGGUCUAUCUAGGGUGAGAAAUUGAUCAAUCAAGGUCUAUCUAGGGUGAGAAAUUGAUCAAAAAGGUCUAUCUAGGGUGAGAAAUUGAUCAAAAAGGUCUAUCUAGGGUGACUAAUUGAUCAAACAAGGUCUAUCUAGGGUGACAAAUUGAUCAAAAAGGUCUAUCUAGGGUGAGAAAUUGAUCAAUCAAGGUCUAUCUAGGGUGAGAAAUUGAUCAAAAAGGUCUAUCUAGGGUGAGAAAUUGAUCAAAAAGGUCUAUCUAGGGUGAGAAAUUGAUCAAAAAGGUCUAUCUAGGGUGACAAAUUGAUCAAAAAGGUCUAUCUAGGGUGACAAAUCGACCAAUCAAGGUCUAUCUAGGGUGACAAAUUGUUCAAAAAGGUCUAUCUAGGGUGACAAAUUGAUCAAAAAGGUCUAUCUAGGGUGACAAAUUGAUCAAAAAGGUCUAUCUAGGGUGACAAAUUGAUCAAAAAGGUCUAUCUAGGGUGAGAAAUUGAUCAAAAAGGUCUAUCUAGGGUGACAAAUUGAUCAAUCAAGGUCUAUCUAGGGUGACAAAUUGAUCAAAAAGGUCUAUCCAGGGUGAGAAAUUGAUCAAAAAGGUCUAUCUAGGGUGAGAAAUUGAUCAAAAAGGUCUAUCUAGGGUGAGAAAUUGAUCAAAAAGGUCUAUCUAGGGUGACAAAUUGAUCAAAAAGGUCUAUCUAGGGUGACAAAUUGAUCAAAAAGGUCUAUCUAGGGUGACAAAUUGAUCAAAAAGGUCUAUCUAGGGUGACAAAUUGAUCAAAAAGGUCUAUCUAGGGUGACAAAUUGAUCAAAAAGGUCUAUCAAGGGUGACAAAUUGAUCAAAAAGGUCUAUCUAGGGUGACAAAUCGAUCAAACACAGUCUAUCGUGGGCGACUCAGAUGAGCCAGUUAAGACGUCUUAUCAUCUCUGAAGAUCUGUAAAGCUGUGUUUAUUUGUACAUAAGGCUGGAAUGCAGUUAUUUUAUUCUAUUUCAUGUGAUUUUAUGUCCAUCAUUUUGUUCUCGCAAUUCACAGAGUUGUCUCCCAUUUUAGCUAUACCGUACAGAGUUGUCUCCCAUUUUAAUCUAUGAUCAGGGGCUGAGAAAACUGGUUAACCAGUAGUCAUCAACUAUGAUCAGUGGCUGAGAAAACUGGUUAACCAGUAGUCAUAAACUAUGAUCAGGGGCUGAGAAAACUGGUUAACCAGUAGUCAUAAACUAUGAUCAGGGGCUGAGAAAACUGGUUAACCAUAAAGUCAUAAACUAUGAUCAGGGGCUGAGAAAACUGGUUAACCAGUAGUCAUAAACUAUGAUCAGUGGCUGGUUAAACUGGUUAACCAGUAGUCAUAAACUAUGAUCAGGGGCUGAGAAAACUGGUUAACCAGUAGUCAUAAACUAUGAUCAGGGGCUGGUUAAACUGGUUAACCAGUAGUCAUCAACUAUGAUCAGGGGCUGAGAAAACUGGUUAACCAGUAGUCAUAAACUAUGAUCAGGGGCUGAGAAAACUGGUUAACCAGUAGUCAUAAACUAUGAUCAGGGGCUGAGAAAACUGGUUAACCAUCAAGUCAUAAACUAUGAUCAGGGGCUGAGAAAACUGGUUAACCAGUAGUCAUAAACUAUGAUCAGUGGCUGGUUAAACUGGUUAACCAGUAGUCAUCAACUAUGAUCAGGGGCUGAGAAAACUGGUUAACCAGUAGUCAUCAACUAUGAUCAGUGGCUGAGAAAACUGGUUAACCAGUAGUCAUAAACUAUGAUCAGUGGCUGGUUAAACUGGUUAACCAGUAGUCAUAAACUAUGAUCAGGGGCUGAGAAAACUGGUUAACCAUAAAUUCAUAAACUAUGAUCAGGGGCUGAGAAAACUGGUUAACCAGUAGUCAUAAACUAUGAUCAGGGGCUGAGAAAACUGGUUAACCAGUAGUCAUAAACUAUGAUCAGGGGCUGAGAAAACUGGUUAACCAGUAGUCAUCAACUAUGAUCAGGGGCUGAGAAAACUGGUUAACCAGUAGUCAUAAACUAUGAUCAGGGGCUGAGAAAACUGGUUAACCAGUAGUCAUAAACUAUGAUCAGGGGCUGAGAAAACUGGUUAACCAGUAGUCAUAAACUAUGAUCAGGGGCUGAGAAAACUGGUUAACCAGUAGUCAUAAACUAUGAUCAGGGGCUGAGAAAACUGGUUAACCAGUAGUCAUCAACUAUGAUCAGGGGCUGAGAAAACUGGUUAACCAUAAAGUCAUAAACUAUGAUCAGGGGCUGAGAAAACUGGUUAACCAGUAGUCAUAAACUAUGAUCAGGGGCUGAGAAAACUGGUUAACCAGUAGUCAUCAACUAUGAUCAGUGGCUGGUUAAACUGGUUAACCAGUAGUCAUCAACUAUGAUCAGUGGCUGAGAAAACUGGUUAACCAGUAGUCAUCAACUAUGAUCAGGGGCUGAGAAAACUGGUUAACCAGUAGUCAUAAACUAUGAUCAGGGGCUGAGAAAACUGGUUAACCAGUAGUCAUAAACUAUGAUCAGGGGCUGAGAAAACUGGUUAACCAUCAAGUCAUAAACUAUGAUCAGGGGCUGAGAAAACUGGUUAACCAGUAGUCAUCAACUAUGAUCAGUGGCUGAGAAAACUGGUUAACCAGUAGUCAUAAACUAUGAUCAGUGGCUGGUUAAACUGGUUAACCAUAAAGUCAUAAACUAUGAUCAGGGGCUGAGAAAACUGGUUAACCAGUAGUCAUAAACUAUGAUCAGGGGCUGAGAAAACUGGUUAACCAGUAGUCAUAAACUAUGAUCAGGGGCUGAGAAAACUGGUUAAC